UUUUGUUUUGUUUAUUUAAUCUUUGCAGAUGUCCAUCUCCGUUCAGACGCCCAACUUCCUACCAUCCAUGAGCUCAGACUUCCAGCAUUACAGUUUCAGGAUGCCAAACAUUGGAUUCCAGAACCUGCCUCUGAACAUAUACAUUGUGGUCUUUGGCACGGCCAUAUUUGUCUUCAUCCUCAGUUUACUCUUCUGCUGCUACUUGAUCAGGCUAAGACAUCAAGCCCACAAAGAGCUUUAUGCCUACAAACAGGUUAUUCUAAAGGAAAAAGUCAAAGAACUCAACCUACAUGAGAUCUGUGCUGUUUGUUUGGAAGAAUUCAAGCCAAAGGAUGAGUUGGGCAUCUGUCCAUGCAAACAUGCCUUCCAUAGAAAGUGCCUCAUCAAAUGGCUGGAGGUACGGAAAGUGUGCCCACUCUGCAACAUGGCCGUUCUCCAGCUGGCCCAGCUCCACAGCAAGCCGGAUCACCACGGCCCCCCGCAAGAGCCCCUGCCCGGGGCGGCAAACAUCGUAUAGCUUCCCGCAAGUUGCUCACGCCCUCGGCACAACCCACCGGCCGCAAGACCCGUGCAGGGAUUCGCCGCUCUCUGAAGCUGCUGCUCACGGCCUUGGAGUACUGGCCAGGGUUCCCUUUGGCUCGUGACAAGCUCCCCGGAUGCGCUUGAAGGAGGAAGGGCAGGGGCUUCAGCUACAGAAGCGUCCCUAGCACAGCGUCCACCAGUGUGACAAACCAGUAGGGGGAAAGGCGAGUCUGUGGGUUUGGCUUUUCUUUUCUCCUCUUUUUUCUUCUUCUUUUCAUACGAGCACUUUACAAAGGUCGUUUGUAGGGUAGAUCGGACUUGUCUUGGACUUGAGCCGGAUGGAGGGCGAGAGGCCCAAGCCGGAAGCGAUCCGAGAGACAAAAGCCAGGAACGCCCGGGCGCCUUGCGUGCGGCGGAGUGCCUCUCUGCGUCUCGGGAUGGAUGGAGAGACGCGGCAUGCUCCUAGGGAAAUCUGCGCCCCGCAAUCCCACCACCCCAGUGGUUAC